UCAUGUUAAUGGCACUUCUUGGGACGGAAAAGCUUGCCUGCUUUCUUUGGCGUUUGCUUCAAGACAAUCAUCCCACAAAUGCAAAACUCCACAGUAGGCUUCCUAAUCUUCCUAAAGAAUGUGCAGUAGUGGUGAAGUAGAAUCAGCUAAACAUCUUUUCUUUGGCUCCAUUUAGGCUAUCGAAGUAUGGUUGAACUCCCCUCUCCAAUUAAGAGCAAACCAUUUACAGGGUUCUACGACCAUGGACCUGUGGACAGAGAUUCUAGUGCAUCUGAACCAUCAAUUGGACGGCAACAAGUUGAUUCAAUUGUGCGUGUUUAUGCUCUGGUCGAUUUGGAAGUGCAAAAACAGCUUUAUCUUCAACCAUAAAAAUCUUUCUUACCAAGAUGUGAUAGCAACAGCUAUUCACUACCUUAAAGAAUUCAACAAUGCCAAUAAUUCUCCUUCUGCAGGUCCAGCUGCUGAGAAUCCUCUAUUGAUAUGAUAGUCUUUCCUCCUCCCCCAGUUAAUGUCAUGAAAUUAAACUUUGAUGCUGCCACAAAUAUGCGUGAAUGUGGGAGAUCAAUUGCAGUAGUGGCUAGAGAUCGUUCAGGGGUCCCUCGUGCUUGGAGCCAUCUCUUCCCCAUUAAUUCUUGAAUGUAUGGCUUGUAGGGAAGCUGUACAGUUAGCCUGCUCAAAAGGUUUCCAGAGAGUGAUAAUAGAAGGGGAUUCUCAAGUGGUUAUCAACGCCAUCCAAGGAACCCAAGUCCAGUUGAGAUUCAGGAAAUCAUCAGAGACAUACAAAUCCUCUCAAGAUCAUUACAGUCGGUUUCUUUCAUUUUUGUUAGACGAAAUGCUAAUAAAACUGCCCAUGCUUUGGCUUCAAAGGCUCUUAGAGACUUCUUUUAUAAUUCCCGGUUUCAGGAAAAAAAAAAAGCCAAAUUCAAAAUCAUUUCUUCUCGCGCGCACAAGUAGCGCGUGUUGGAGCCACCCCAAUAUUGGCAAUUUCUCUCUGAAUUCCGCAGAUCAAAAGAAGAAGUUAAAGAUAAUGGAAAAUCUGAGAAGGUCAUCGCUGAAGUUCUUUUCCGAUCAACAACUCUGCUACGCCGAUAUCCUCACUCCCUCUGAGGUUCGGGCCAGAAUCGAAGUCGCAGUGCUCAAUUUUCUCAGGAUCUUGACUUCUCCUGAUCCUGCAAUCUCCGAUCUUCCUCUGAUAAAAAGGAAUUCGAGUAAUAGCAGAGUAAGUCGUGGAUUGUUGACUGAUCUUUCGUGGGUUUUCCUCUCUCAUUCAUUUUGUACAAGGUCUCUCAUGAGAGCCAAUGCAGCUAAGGCGUUUGUUAGAGUUUGGAAGGUGAUGGAGGUUUGCUUUUUGAUUCUGGUUCAAGAAAAGAGGGUCACACAGAGAGAGCUCUUUUACAAGUUGCUUUGUGUUUCACCUGAAUAUUUCUCAUCUCAGUUGCAGGUUAAUAGGACAAUCCAAGAUGUUGUAGCCUUGCUUCGAUGCAGCCGUUAUAGUCUUGGAAUCAUGGCCUCUAGCAGAGGAGUUGUUGCUGGGCGCUUGUUGCUUCAGGAACCAAACCAAGAAGUUGUGGAUUGUGCUGAAUGUGGAUCUUCUGGGUAUGCCAUUUCUGGUGACUUGAAUAUGUUGGACAAAUUGCUUAUGAAAACAGAUGCACGUUACAUCAUUGUGGUGGAGAAGCAUGCAAUAUUCCAGCGGUUGGCAGAGGAUCGUGUGUUCAAUCACAUCCCUAGCAUUCUCAUUACAGCUAAAGGGUACCCUGAUAUAGCCACAAGGUUUUUUCUUCACCGAAUGAGCCGCACUUUCCCUGAAUUGCCAAUUUUGGCACUGGUUGACUGGAACCCAGCAGGAUUAGCUAUACUGUGCACCUUCAAGUUUGGAAGCAUAGGGAUGGGUCUGGAGGCAUACAGAUAUGCCUGCAAUGUAAAGUGGUUGGGACUGCGAGGGGGUGAUCUACAGCUAAUACCUGAAGAAUCACUAGUCCAGUUGAAGCCACGGGACCUGCAGAUUGCUAACAGCUUGAUGUCCUCCGAAAUUUUACCCGUACAGUUGAGAGCCACAGGGAAGAAUUGGCAUUAAUGAUUCAAAGUGGAAAAAGAGCAGAAAUUGAAGCUCUAUACUUCCAUGGAUACGAAUAUUUGGGGAAGUACAUGGCAAAGAAAAUUGUACAAGCCAAUUACAUAUAACACCAGGGCAAACCAAGAAAUGAAAGGUAUGAAGUAGCAUCUGUAUGGCAUUGAGAGGCAAGAAUAUAUGAAACUCUGACUUUGGCCCUGGUGUCCCAGUUAAUACUUCUUCAACGUUUGGAAAUAUAUCAAAAGAAAUUAUAAGAGAGCAAUGUCUACACUCAAAUAUAGGCACUCAAAAUUUAUAUAGGAAGGUAAGGUGAUCAGUUGAAGUUAAACUGAUCCCCAAAUGCAGAGUUGCAACACCUUGUCAAUAGAGAAGCCAUGCCCAUAUCGGCUCUGACUUAAACACUUAGUUCAAGUAAACAAAAGAACUUGAAACAAUUCAUAAAA